ACGGAUUUAAAUGUGCCAAAAGUAUAAAUACGAUUGGGAGGAAGAGUCUCAACAUAGUACAACUUGAGAGUGUAUAGUGACAAGUUAACAAAAUAAACGGUUUAAAAUGAAGAUUUUCCUUAUAAUUUCGUCUGUUAUGGUGGCCACCCUGGCGGACCAAUGCCACUACGGGCAAACGAGUUCGAAACCCCAAUCUUUGGUUACUUGUAAAUCCAUUCCUGUGGAUGCCUUGGGCAAAAACAUGAAAUUGAUGGGUAAAACGGGACCCUUCGACUCUGUCCACGAUUUGGAACUGACCAAUUUCACCGGAAAAUUGGACGCAAACUCUCUAUCGAUGUUUCCAAACUUGCAAAGAUUGGUGAUACAAGAUUCGAACUUCGCCAAACUGGACGCAACAGUGUUUUCCAAGUGCUGCAAGAACCUGAAAAAAUUAUCCAUAAGAAACAACCCGCAAACCGUCAUAGAGCCGGCUAGCUUCAAGGACCUAAAUCAUCUGGAAGAACUGCACAUAAACAACAAAAUCAACAAGCUUUCGAAAGCUUUCCUGCAAGGAAUGCCAGCGAUAAAAAAGUUGACGCUGCGCCGCACUAAAAUCUCCGAAAUCGACGAAAAUGCGUUUGAAGACGUAAAAAACCUCGACUCCCUCGAAAUCUACGACAACGAUUUCCCCUCAGUCAAACCCAAAACUUUCGCACCGCUAAAAGAACUGAAGAAAAUCUCGAUCCUCGACAACGCCCUGUUAAAAACAUUCCCGCUCGACUUACUCAAAGAACAAAAGAAGUUGGAACUCCUAGGCCUUCCCGCCGAAAUACUAUCGAAACUUGACGCGUCGGCCUUGAAAAAACAAAUGCCCACCUUGAAGAAAAUCGAGGUCAAAGUCGACGACAAGAAGAAAUACGAAACGUUCUUCAAGAAAGUCACAGAUCAAGGCAUCAUCGUCAACUACAUUGGGGCCUAUUUUUAAUUUAAAUGUAAUUAAAUUGUACUGAAACUAAUAAAUAUAUAUUUGAAUGUCUAGAUAAAGAAUUGUA